AUGGAGACCUACAGAUACCCGUGCUGUGACUGCGAUGAGGACUACGAUGCUAGCGUACAGUGCGAAAAGUGCCAAGAAUGGUACCACUUCGAGUGCGUUGGUGUCGACGAAUCUGUUGCGGAGGUGGUCUGGUUCUGCUCGACUUGUGUCGGUGAGGAUAGAUCGAUCAGACAGUCGUUGGGUGUACCAGGUCAAACUCGGAUUCAUCCGAUGGUGAUCAAUCAUCCAGGAAGUCAGACGGAAAGUAGCGGGAAAAAGGUCGAUAAGGUAGCGAGUAAGAACAUAUCUUUGACUAAAGGUCGCAUUAGUAGGGCAGUAGCGCAGGAUGAAGAUGAUGGCAACACAAAUAAAACAUCAGAACAGGAGCAGGAAAGUUCAGACGAUGAAGAACUAGAUGUGCAAACAGAAAAGUCAGAAAACCACACUAGAUUCUUAAACGAUCUUUUAAAAUCGUUAAAUCGUCAUUCAAGUCUACCCGCGCGCGUUAAUCCCACCGAUUCAGUACCGAAGAGUAGCCGAAUUGGGAAAAGUGUGCUCCGGAAAAGUGCCAGUGUACCGUCGGCGGAGUCAACACGAGUUCGUGCGUUGAGAGAACUUCGAGACUUGGAAGAAAGAAACCGUUUGGACGAACUUGAGGAGGAAAAUCAGCAAAAAAUCCUCGAACUUCAACGGAAGCGGAUUGCUAGACGGAAGAAGGCGCUCGAGCGACGGAUGGAGCUGACACAGAUUAUCAACGGUUCUGAUGGCGAAUCAGAUUCAGGGGCCGAAGUUGAAUCGAUGGACAAAAGCGGGAAACCGCAGCCGGAGAAGCAGCUCCCGAAGAGUCUAGGUGCGGUUCGCAAAGAUCCAAAGAAAAGGUCCGCCGAAAAUGAUAUACAGGACCUGUUCGAUCGUUUCAAGGAACUUCUGGAAGAUCGAAAUGGAAGUAAACCCCAGAAGCCAGUACCAGGAAAGUCCACAAGAACGAGAUCAUUGCUUUCUGCAAAUCCGAGACUGCCUCGUCCGUCUUUCAAGAAAGAUGAUGAAGCACUAGAGUCAAUCCUCGACGGUGGGGACUACAAAGGCGAUAAAGUAGUUGCGGAUGGACCGACACGGCUCCAGAUAGCGUCUCGACAGGUAUUUCCGAGGAGCCUGCCGAAGUUUUAUGGAGCAGCAGAAGAGUGGCCGAUCUUUAUCAGCGCCUACGAGCAGGCAAACCAGUCCUGUGGAUUCACCAACGCAGAGAAUUUGGUCCGUCUACAGGAUGCUCUGAAGGGGAAAGCAUUGGAUACGGUUCGAAAUCGUCUGCUUUUGCCGGAGAACGUGCCGUUGAUCAUCGAGAAGCUGAGGAAGAGAUUCGGGAAUCCGGAGAUCCUGUCAACCAGAUUGGCGACAAAGAUCCAGCAGCUAGAGGGACCAAGCUCGGAGAGUUUGGAGUCGGUGAUCGAGUUCGGAAGUGCCGUCGAAGAGUUUACUCAGCAUCUCAAAGCGGCCGGGCUGAUGGACCACUGGAAGAACCCAAUUUUGAUGCAGAGUCUAGUUCAGAAGCUGCCGUCGUACUAUGCCAUGGAGUGGGUGGACUACAAGCGACGCGCACAGUCAGUCGACUUGGAAACAUUCGGUGCAUUCAUGGAAGGUCUCGUAGAGAAGGCGUUGGAAGCAACCUUCGAGAAGGCAGAUGCAAAGGAGAAGGGUAAGAUGCGAAAUAGACCACAAACGAAGGCUUUCGUUCACGUCACGGAUGGAGAUAGCGGCCGGUCUGGGAGUGUGAUGUCAGCUGGGAAGAAUUCGUCACCCCAACCCCAGCGCCGAGAGUUGAAGUGUUCCGUGUGCCAAAAGUCUGGGCAUUACGGAAGGAACUGCCAGGAAUUGCUCAAACAGAGUGUUGCAGAGCGGUGGAAAACGGUGACUCGGUUGAACCUCUGUCCACUCUGGCUUUACGACCAUGGACAACGAUCAUGUCGUAUAAGAGUUCGUUGCAAGGUAGAUGGCUGUCCGGAAAACCACAAUGCCCUUCUUCAUGGUGGACCAGCCGGAUACUCGCGAACUCAGGUGCAGUGUAAUAGUCAUCGUCAGUCGAAAUGUGCAGUUCUGUUUAGGAUGGUUCCAGUGACGCUGUACAACGGCAAGAAAAGAGUAGAUACUCUAGCACUCAUCGAUGAAGGAUCUUCGGUUACCAUGGUGGACAGUGAAUUGGUGAGAACGUUGGGUGCCGAUGGAGCAGUGGAACCACUGCAGAUGACUUGGACAAACGGCGUACAGCGCACGGAGUAUCAGUCGAAGAAAGUGGUGCUUGAGAUAUCUGCCAGAGACUCGUCGAGUAGAUACGAUCUGCUGGAAGCUCAUACGGUGCACAGGUUAAACCUCCCUGCACAGAAGCUGGAUUCAGCGAAGUUGGUCAAGGAGUUUAAGCACCUUGAAGACAUCGACAUUCCCAGUUACGAGAGAACUACACCGAAGGUGCUGCUGGGGAUCGAUAAUCUUCACUUGAUCGCCCCGCUUGACUCACGAAUCGGAGAAUCUGAUAAACCAGUUGCCAUUUUGUGCAAGCUCGGCUGGACGGCUUAUGGCCCACAACCAAACGUCGUAGGAAAGGUGCAUUUUCUGGGACACCAUCGGUGCUCGUGUGAGGAGUGCAGUAAAGCGGAUAAGGAUCUGGACGAGGCGAUGAAGAAACAUUAUCAACUUGAAGACGUCGGAGUGUCACCUAUUCGUUUAGAAUCGAAGGAAGAUCGUAGAGCACGCGAGAUUUUGGAGAAGACCACUCGAAGAGUGGGUAGCAGGUUCGAGACAGGAUUACUCUGGAAAGAAGAUGAUGUUCGAUUUCCGGAGAGUUUAGACAUGGCCAUGAAGCGGUUGCGAUGUUUGGAAGCUCGGAUGAACCGGAAUCCUGGAGUGCAGGAAUGUUUGCAAAAGCAGUUGGAAGAAUAUCUUGCCAAGGGCUACGCGCAUCGUAUCACCGAGCAGGAGUUAAAGGAGACGCCGAAGAGUAAAGUUUGGUACCUACCGCUUAACUACGUGGUACAUCCGAAGAAACCUGGCAAGGUGUGGUUGGUCUGGGAUGCGGCAGCGAGGGCUCAUGGAGUCUCGCUUAACGAUAAGCUGUUGAAGGGUCCAGACAUGAUAACGUUGCUACCAGCUGUUAUAAGUGGAUUCCGCGAGAGAAACGUGGCGUUUGGAGGUGACAUUAGGGAAAUGUUUCAUCAAGCAUGGGUUCGUGCAGAAGACCGUCAGGCACAACGGUUCCUAUUCGUGGGUCCGGUGGAAACGUACGUGAUGGAUGUGGUUAUCUUUGGCUCGACCUGUUCGCCUUGCUCCGCACAGUACGUGAAAAACUUGAACGCGCGGGAACAUGCCGAGCAGUAUCCGGAGGCUGCCGAUGCUAUCGUCCGAAAGCACUAUGUCGACGACUAUUUCGACAGUGCCGAUACAGUAGAGGAAGCGGUGAGACUAGCGAUGGAUGUGCGACGUGUACACGCCAACGGUGGGUUCGAGAUUCGGAACUGGGUUUCCAACUCACAGGAAGUGUUACGUCAGCUCGGAGAGGAGAAGUCUGUGGUGAAACCACUAGAAGUAGACAAGCAUUGCACUACGGAGAGAGUCCUGGGAGUGCUGUGGGACCCGGAAGGUGAUCACUUCGUUUUCUCAACGGAGAUUCGCCAAGACCUUCAGCCCUACAUUCGGGAAGGUGCUUGGCCAACAAAGAGGAUUGUGUUGCGGUGCAUUGCCAGCAUGUUCGAUCCGAAACAGUUCCUGGCUCCGCUGUUGAUACACGGACGGAUCAUUUUGCAGGAUUUAUGGCGUAGCGGCAUAGGUUGGCACGAGAAGCUCACGGAAGCUCACUACAAGCGGUGGGUGCAGUGGACACAGCUAUUCCAUCUAAUCGAUGAGAUUCGUGUUCCACGGUGUUACCUCGGCGGAUUGGACUCGAAGGUCUAUGAAACGGUGCAGUUACACGUUUUCACUGACGCUGGAGAUGCGGCAUAUGGAUGCGUGGCCUACUUCAGGUUCGAGGACGGCGAAGUCGUUCACUGCACAUUCAUUGAGGCCAAAGCGAAGGUGGCGCCAUUACAGUACCUGUCUACACCACGGUUGGAGCUAGAAGCGGCUGUUCUCGGUGCGCGAUUGACAAAGUCGAUCUGCGAUGCCAAUUCCGUUCCGGUUGCGAAGCACUUCCUGUGGUGUGACUCGGAUACGGUAGUAUCAUGGGUGAAAUCGGACCAACGAAGGUAUAAGCCGUUCGUUGCCUAUCGUAUUGGCGAGAUCCUCAGCAUCACGAAUCCAGAAGAUUGGCGUUGGGUAGGAACGAAGGACAAUCCAGCGGACGAUUUGACGAAGUGGGGCAAAGGAACGGAGAUCAAGUCGGGAAGCCGAUGGUUCCAUGGACCGGAUUUUCUGUAUCACGGAGUGGAAGAAUGGCCGAAGCAAAAGCGUCCAAAGGUGCCGAAGAGCUCCGGGCGAGAGUGCUGCUGCAUCACAUCGUGUUACCCGAGGGGUUUACGGAGAGGUUGCAGCAUAUUUCGCGUUGGACAGUAA